AGUCCGCUCCUAUUGGUCGCCUGUGAAACAUCUGUAUUCAGUUCCAGCGGCUCGUGUCUCCGGCCAGAAAGCUGCGUCUGACUUGGAUAGAGAUUAUUCUGUCAUCACGCGGCGCUUCGCUGCGGGAUUUACAGCGUUUCAACUCGUAAAAGAUGUAGUUUGUUUCCAAACACACAGCUGUGGGUCGUACCGGAUGUUUGAGCCGUUUUUAAUCCACGUUCCUCUGACGCGGAGGGGAAACUUAUGGGACACCGGAGGAAGCCGAAUGAAUGAGUGAAGAUUACGCAGCUCCGUGAUUGUAUUUCAGGAGCUCACGAGCAGCUUGUCCAUUUUUUCUCUAGUGUUUCUCCCCCUUUCAGCCCGACUGAAGCCCUUCCCACUCGUGUCUGAAUCUUCCCCGCCUUCUGUGUGUCAGGAGCCGCUGGAUCUGCCGGCUCUCCUGCAUUCAGCUCCAGGUAUACAGAUGCCCCUUUUGUAAGCAGACACAAAGGAACUCGCUUCACUGUUUACCUAUUUUUUCCUGUUCCUAAGGUGACCGCCCCCACCGACGUUAUAUUCCACCUUUUCCAUUCUGUGUGGCACCAGGGGAACAAGCUCGGAUAUUCGGCUGCUUCAAACGCCUCAUAAACGGACUAUUGAUAAGUUUCCAAUCAGAUUGAUUGCCUUUGUGUCAGCGGAUGAGGGGGGGACAUGCGCUGACAGCCUGGCCGCGAUCUCCAAGCCUCUUUUAAAUGACACAACGAGGAAUGUUGUGAUUUCUCUCCCGUGACACAAGGAAGCUUAUCAGGAUCCCCGGCAGCUGUCUCUGCCUGCCUGCCGCUUCCAUGCAAAGCCUUUGCACGGUAAAGAUGCAGUUUCGGACUGUGCUGGACGUGAAAGUCGUGGACGUGGAGAAGAGGCGCAGUCCGUCCAAACACUACGUGUAUCUUAUCAAUGUCACCUACUCUGACAACACCUCCCACAUCAUCUACAGAAGAUACAGCAAAUUCUUCGACCUACAGAUGCAGAUACUUGACAAGUUCCCAAUCGAGGGAGGGCAAAAAGACCCAAAGAAGAGGAUCAUCCCAUUCCUCCCAGGCAAAAUCCUGUUCCGGAGGAGUCAUGUGCGAGAUGUGGCCAUGAAGCGGCUGCGUUUCAUCGAUGACUACUGCAGGGCUCUGGUGCGACUCCCCCCUCAGAUCUCUCAAAGCGAGGAGGUACUGCGCUUCUUCGAGACGAAGGCUGAAGACAUCAACCCCCCAGUUGAGGACUAUGGCUCCAAGCGCAAGUCGGGGAUUGACAGCUCGGAGCCCAUGGUGCUGGAGCAGUACGUGGCCGUGGCCAACUAUGAGAGGCAGGAGAACUCGGAGAUCAGCCUCAAGGCUGGCGAGACGGUGGAUGUUAUUGAGAAGAGUGAAAGUGGUUGGUGGUUUGUCAGUACCGCAGAGCAGCAGGGCUGGGUUCCAGCCACAUACCUGGAUUCACAGAACGGAACCCGAGAUGAUUUGGAUCUGGGCACUUCCAGGACUGGAGAAGUUACUAAGAGGCGAAAGGCCCAUCUGAAGAGGCUGGACCGCCGCUGGACCCUCGGUGGUAUGGUUAACCGGCAGCAAAGCAGAGAGGAGAAAUAUGUGACAACACAGCCGUACACCAGUCAGGGGAAAGAUGAGGUGAGCUUUGAGAAAGGGGUCACCGUGGAGGUAAUCCAAAAGAACCUGGAGGGCUGGUGGUACAUCAGAUACUUAGGAAAAGAGGGAUGGGCCCCGGCCUCCUAUUUGAAGAAAAUAAAAGAUGACUUCUCACCCCGCAAGAAGACCCUGACCGGCCCAGUGGAGAUCAUCGGCAACAUCAUGGAGAUCAGCAACCUGCUGCAGAAGAAGUCGGUGAGUGAGAAGGACAUCCAGACAGACGGAGAGGGCAGCAGCACACCAGAGCGCCACAUCUCCAAGAGCGAGAUAAGCCUGCCCAUGCCCUACAACUCUGAAAUCAACGCCGAGACGGGCAGGAGGCUGAGCGCGGGCCGUGACACCAAUAGCCCGUGUCUGGGAAUUGCAGCGAGCUCCGCUCUGAAUGAAAGUAAAGGAAGAGGAGAGCAAGGGUCUCCAGCAGUUGCAAGAGUGGCACCACACAGAGUAGAAAUUGGAUCUCCGAACCUGAGGCAAAAACCUCCCCCGAGAAGAGAAACUAACUUGGGUUUCCAGUUACCCAAACCACCAGAGCCCCCUGCUGUGGAAGCAGAGUAUUACACCAUAGCUGAUUUCCAGUCCAACAUCUCUGAUGGCAUCAGCUUCCGUGGAGGACAAAAGGCUGAUGUAAUAGAGAAGAACCCAGGUGGUUGGUGGUAUGUGCAGAUUGGAGAGAUGGAAGGAUGGGCCCCCUGCUCAUACAUUGACAAACGCAAGAAGCCUAACCUCAGCCGACGGAGCAGCACCCUUACCCGACCAAAGGUCCCACCCCCAGCUCCUCCCGUCAAAAAGCAAGACCCCGAGGAGACUCCCAUUCCUCCUAAUUCUGCCCCCAAAGCCCCAGAGCAGCCUGGUAGGUCUGUGUAUGAGGAACCUGAAUACGACGUUCCUGCAGUUGGCUGUGAAGGUGAGUCUGACAACGAUUUCUUGAAGAAUGAGCGUUCUCAAGAUGUGAAGACCAGCACUGUGGUCAGUGACAAGUACCACAGCUCCCCAACAUCCAGCAAAGCUUCGCCUCCUGUCUGCAAAGCCUCUCCUGUUUUCUCUCAUCGAAGAACCUCCUUCAGGUCUGUAGAGGAGGUUGCUAAAGAAGAAUGCAUCUACGAGAAUGAUGGUUUCAGGCCCAGCAGUGGCAUUGAGGGAACUGUACAUAAAGUUUCCAGUGAGCCCAACACCCCAAGGAGCUACCAUUCCUCCACGGUCCCACGAAAACCAUCUGGAUCUUCACCUCUAGCUGGUAGACCUAUGAAAACGAUGACCCCAGAGAUGAGUCGAAGAAGCCAGACCCUGGGGAGACGAGCAGAUAUCAGCCUCAGGUCUCAGGACAAUAGUCCUCACUCUUCAUCAGACGAGCUGGUCAGAGGCCCUAAGAAAAUUCCUGCCUUUAACCGAGAUGUAGAGCAGAGAAUUGGUCAGAGCCCUGCUGCCAGGCCCAAACCUUCAGUCAGACCUAAACCCCUUCUGACCAAAUCAGAGCCCCAGAGUCCUGAGAGGAUGGACAUCAGCUCUUUGAGAAGGCAGCUGAGGCCUACAAGUCAGUUUCGACAUGGCCUCAAACCUUCUCGUGGGGACGACUCUGAAACCGCCUCCGUUAUCUCUUCAGAAGACUCUAUUUGUUCCCGCAGUACCUCAGAUCUUUCCUCUGUUUAUUCCAAAGGCAGCCAUGGGGACUCAGAUGUGGAGGGUCCCACUCUCUACCGCUCCCUGGAUGUCUACAAAAAGGUCCAGGACUCAGAGAUCAGCUUUCCAGCUGGGGUGGAGGUUGAAAUUCUGGAGAAACAGGAGAGCGGUUGGUGGUACAUCCGCUGGGGCUCAGAGGAGGGUUGGGCUCCCUCAUACUAUCUGGAACCUGUCCGGCAAAUGGGUGAUGUUGGAUUGCUAGAGUCAGAAAGACAAGGUAGCGGGAAGAACAGUGGGAAUAAAUCCAACAGCCUGGAGAAGAAUGAGCAGCAAGUUUUGGCUCUGAAUAACAUCAACAUUCAGGGUCUGACUCAGCAGAAUCAAGGUUUGAGGAGAAACUCUCCACCGAUUCCAUCUAAGCCUCCUGGAGGUUUCUCAAAGCCAACUGGGAUGGUUAAUGGAGGUGUUCGGAUGAGAAAUGGGGUGCGGCAGGUUGCGGUCAGGCCUCAGUCUGUAUUUGUGACCACAACACAGCCAGCUAAGGACUCACACUACAUGACAGGGUCCUUAAGAAGAAACGAGUCACUUGGCAGAAGUGAUCACUACGGCUCUGGUUCUGCCACUCUUGGUGUCCGCCGAAAUGCCUCAUUUAGCACCGUGCGGCCACAUGUAGUUGUUGAGAGUCAGACAAGGCCUGCUGAGCGCUCCAGUCUGGGGUCCUCUAGCAGCGCAUUCAGCACGGGCAAUGUCCAAGAUGCCCUAAGCAGAGUUAACCAGCGCAAUGGCAUCCCUGUGUCUACCGUGAGGCCAAAGCCCAUAGAGAAGAACCAGCUGAUCCACAACAACCUCGGCAGGGACGUAUAUGUGUCCAUUGCUGACUAUCGGGGCGAUGAGGAGACCAUGGGUUUUACUGAGGGCACCUGUCUGGAAGUGCUCGAGAGAAACCCCAAUGGAUGGUGGUAUUGCCAGGUGCAGGACAGCCUGCUUCCCCGCAAGGGCUGGGUGCCCUCCAACUACUUAGAGCGGAAAAAAUAAAAAACAACAUACACCCUUUUUCCCGCCCCAUAUCCCACCACCCCGAUAUGAUGUCUCCAAAGAGCUGGGUGGCAUCACUCCUUAUGAAUGUUACCCUCAGUCUCCCUUAAGCAAUAUGUCCUUGAUAAUAUAUGUUAAUGAAAAGGCCAUAAGUAUGGAAAGAGAGAUCUUUUACCUGAUAAGAAAGGACACUUUUAGUGCUGGCCUACUAAAAUGUAUAACAGCAAGAGUAAAGAGUCGCCCUUGAAAUAGAAAGUUUAAAGAUGAUGGUGUCUCAUAUGAAAUGACAUGAAUGGCAGAGAUAAUCUCUUAAAGAGGUUUGCAUCUUGUAACACAGACGCUGAGCAGGGUAAUGCUUACUCCUGCCCAUCGCUGACUACGAUGGUCGAUAAGUGCCUUUUGUAUUUGAUCACCUGAAUGGAAGUUUUAAAAGGUAGAUGGCAAAACUUUAAAUCAACCAAAUCUUAUAAGAGUGCCAUAGUCUUAGAAACACCACCAAGAGUACUAACAUUAGCAGUUAAGAGCUCCACUGUUGAUUCCUAACAAAGUCAAAGGUUUGAUCUUGAGUGGUCUCAUUGCUCCAAUGCACAGAUUGAAGAAAAUACUGAGGUUUAAGGGCCUGAAGUCAUCAGAGUAAUUUUAUUUGUUUUAAGCCACAAGUCUUCGGGCAAAAUUUAUGUAAUUUCUAUGUUCAAGUUUCAGUGUUUUGUGUCAAUGAAAGUCUUCCUUAGAGAAUUAUUUCUGCUUUCUUGCGACAUCUGUAUUCCACCAACAUCUUACAAUUUCAAAAGUGACUGAAAGCUGAAGGUUCCCCUAUGUUAGGCUAAGUAAAGGGUAAUCAUUUGUUUAGUAGAUCCCUAAAAAAUAUCCUAAUGAUUAAAUAUUUAAUCGCAGUUGCAACUAUUUGGGAAUAGCAAAUAUACUAAAAGAAUUAAAAGACAAAAAACUAUAAAACUUAAAAGAAAGAAACAAAUAUUUUAGUUUCUUAUUAAAACAAACUUGUAACUUGAAUGGAUCCACAUCCUGUCUGGGAAGGAAAAUAUCUCUAAACAAUUGGUUUACAAAGAUUUGGUUUACUUGAGUUCUUUAGCUCCAGAAACAAAUGGUCUUGUAUUUUUGUACUUCUUUCUAGACGUACAUUGUCACAUUUAAUAAAUGCUGGAAACAUGAUGAAAGAAGUGAAUCCCAGGGACAUACUGACAUUGAAUCCUGCCCAAAAUGUGAGGAAUCCAAAGAGAAAUCCCAUUUCAUUGGCAGUCUUUGCUGUGAAUUUACUAUUUAUCUAUGGUACUAGUAAAAGUGUGAUUAUGAAAAUGUUUAAAACGAGGUCUCUAAACUAGAAAAAAGAAGAAAAAAAGAAAAGUUUUCCUAUCAGUUCCUGGAAACACUUGAUAUAUUUUUGUCAAAAUUGUCGCUCUGUUGAAACAGUAAGUAAACAAGUAAACUGUACUGAUAGAUAUCUCUCCAAGUAUUGGGCCUGUUAUUUAACAUGAAAAAGAAUUAAUCUCAAAAUUCGAAAUUCAAUGCUAAAAUACUACAACUUUCAAAAUUCAAAUGGCUGAUGUUCAAGACUGCUGAAAUAUAUUUUCUAAUGAAAGGUGUGAGCUCUAUGUGAGGCUGAUCUUUUCAUUAUGUUUCUGCUGGACAGUAUCAUAGUAUUAAACAAAGUACAGUACCUGCUAGAUUGCAGUUAUCUAUUAAAAAAAAAACAUUUGUUUUUGUUUGUUUCUCUGUGAUCGCACAUUGACAAUAAUGAAGAACGAAGUGGUUCUGUUUUGUGAAUUAGUGCACUUUAAAAAUGUCUUUAUGGUGCAUUAAUGCAAAGAUGCAGUUAAUACUCAGCAUAAUUACUGAAUAAGUUUCUGUGUCUAUUAUAAUUUUUUUCUUAAUUCAAAAGUCAGAUCAAAAGUUUGAUGGGAGUUUUUUACAUGAUCAAAGUGUAUCUGUGUAGGAUUAGCUAAACAGAGACACCAUGUGGAAGUUAAGAGGUACUACAACCUGAUUUCCAGAUCCUACCUCAGUGCAAUAAGAAAUGCACUGCUGGUCAGUGAGACUUUCUAGAAACUGUAUAGAAAUAUAAUUAUGUCUUUUUCUUUAUAAAUUUAAGUGCAGCUAAAAUUAUUUUAGUAAAAUUUUGUUUUAUAUUGGGCAAUAAUUUAUUUUUCUUUUAAAAUGGACAUUUUUUCCUCUAUGCUGUGUGCUGCAACUUUAGCAAAUGACAGGCACUUCCUUCAUCUUUAUUGUUCUUUACAUAAUGCCGGAUUAAAAUGUAUUUAUUGAAUAGUGUAAAAGGUUUUCAUGGUUUGACAAUCAACAUAUUCACCUUGUUAAAAAUACUUCCGACUUAUCCAAAGUUAACUAAAUGCAAAAUUUUGCUACAGUCAACAAGCACUCAAAGAACUACUUAUUUAACAAAUAUGUAUUGGAAAAUUGAAUUACUAGAUUUUAUCUCAGCAUUUAAUUAAAAACACAAACAGUCGGGUUACUGAUAAGCCCCCCCCUUUCCCUUGAGACGAAGGCAUUAUGUAAAUGUGUUGAAUCACUCUGAACACUUUGCUCCAGCACGUUAUAUUUGCUUAUUGCUUUGUUCGAUUGAGCUGAACUUACUUGCAAGGGAAUCAUUGUGCGUCAAGCAUAUAUUUAGUUGUGUAGCAUCUGUCUUUAUGUUUGCUAUUAAUUUUCAUCCUCUUAUUUUAUUUACUCUGCUCUCAAAUUCUGAAAUGUACCCGUGAGGAAAUGUGCAAUAGACAAAAAAGAAAAAAAAGCUUCACCCGUCAGUGAGAGGAAACACAGCGCGAGCAAUGCCGCUACAUCUCCUGGAAGUCUUGUAGAUGUUCUGGGUCAAACUGCCAGUCAUUUCAACAGUGUCAUGAUAAAGUCUAUCCAAACCAGCAGAUACAUAUGGCUGUCAAAGCUUCGGAGAAAUCACCGGACCAAAGCAAUCGUAUGCGACCCCUCAUUCUGUCUGACCUGAAAGCCAGGAUCUCUGCUGUGAUCGGGUUUGUGAAUGAAACAGCAGAAACCCACUGACCCACUCUGUAGUCACAUGACAUCCAUCUGAGAUCUUCUCCACACAUGAAGACGCAUGGGCCCUUCAGGGGGGCCUCCAUGGCCCUGCUCUGAGCUGUCACAUUUGUGCCUGAAUGGAAUUUUUAUAGUUUUUGUUGUGUUUUUUUCUUCCUGUUUGUUUUCCCUUGGGAUUGUGUCCCCUCUUUCUUCCUACCUAGAAUGUCUCUUUUGACAUUUACUGCCCCGCUGUCAAACCCAGACUUUUUUCUGCCGAUCAGCACAGCGAAGGUGACAUUUGGCGCUGUUGGUGUCAGCGGGCUCAGUGACGUCAGCAGAAGACUGUCAGCUGUAAACAAGAGACCUGGGAGAUAAAUCUUCCUUCAGGCCAAUUCACUUCAAUCCAUCAACUUCCAGGAUGUACAGCAAACAAAAAAUCCUUUUUUUCCCCUUUGCUGAGCCCCCAGCUGGCCUUACUGAUCUGCUACAGGUGAAUACAUCACUGUGCACAGGUCAAUAAACACAGUUCUCUACCUUGCUUGGGACCUUUGUCCAUAAAUCCCUUUUUUGAGUAGUUCAGACUGCUCACCCAUGAAUAACUAGUUAGCAAUUAUAAGUAAUGUCCUUUUGGCUAGGCUACCGAGUGUUAAAUGAAAGGAUUGACAUCAUUCUCACGUCUCAUAAUCAGACAAAUAAGAAAGGAUUUUCUUUGUGCAAGCUAACAAACAAGAGAAAAGGUGAUUUUUUUCUGUGUAAAAAAAUAAAAUAUAGCUUGGUAUAAUAAUGAGUCUUGAUGCAUUGAUGCAUUUCUUUGAACUUUGGACUGAGAAUGGUGUCACUUCUCAUCUCACUCAGAAACAUUUAGCAACAUGUCAAGGUUUAGAUUUCCUUUUUUCUUUUUCUUUUUUAUUUUUUGACCUGGUUUAGCUUUUAGUUGAGCAUAUGAUCACAACUACAGCCUCUUAACCCGUUGGAAGUGGAACUUGGGGAGGCCACUUUUCUUUUCUUUCCACCUGCACACCUGAGCUUCUUUGCCCAAGUGAUCAGGCCGCUGAUGAUGAGUCGUUGUGGCGAGGAUAUGAGUUUUUUGUCAUCUUCCUGGAGGCCAGCCGGUUGAGACCGCUCCGCUUUGCCUUCAUCCGGUGUUAUUCCUUGCUCUCAUUUUAUUCUGACAGAAUGGAUGGCGCCUCUGAGGCGUGAAGCACCCUCAGCUUUGGCCAGACUUCUUCUCUGCUCCUCACUUCUCCAUCAUAUUUUGAUAUUCCCACCUCUCCUUCCUUGACAGAGCUGAGCUGCAUGUUCCCAGUAUAAUAAUCUGAAUGUUUGCGUGUCUUAGCAUGAUGAGAUGGAUUGUUUGCAGGUGUACUCAGGAAAGGUUGGAGGUCAAAGUGGAGAGCAGGAUGCAGCGAGACAUAUGGAUUAAUAGAAAGUAGAUGCUUGGAGAGGAGGUGACAGUGAGGUGUUUGAAAGGAGAGGGAAGGCUGCUGGGCACUGUUCCACUCUGAAGCCUAUGAAUCGAGCCCUUUAUAUCAAACUUUUUUGACUCACCCUUCUGUAACGUAAGAGCUUCCAAACCUGAGAUAUUGGGGCGGCAGUGGCUCAGGCGGUAGAGCAGGUUGUCCAAUGAUCGGAAGGUCGGCGGUUUGAUUCCCGCUCCCGCAGUCAUCUGUCGUUGUGUCCUUGGGCAAGACACUUA